AUUUUUGUAAUUGUGGAUCGACUCUCCAAGAUGGCACAUUUUGUUCCCCUCUCCGGAGUACCUUCUGCACCUUCUACGGCUGAGGUGUUUAUUAAGGAAGUCGUCAGACUCCAUGGAGUGCCAGACGAGAUUGUGUCGGAUCGGGGAGUACAGUUCACAUCUAAAUUCUGGAGGGCAUUGUGCAAAGCUUUAAAGAUCAAGAUGGCUCUUUCCACGGCUUUUCAUCCACAAUCCAAUGGGCAGACAGAGAGGACUAACCAAACGUUGGAACAAUAUCUACGUUGUUUUUCAUCUUUCCUCCAGGACAAUUGGAGUGAGCUGUUACCAUUGGCUGAGUUCUCCUACAAUAAUGCCCUUCAUUCCUCCAUCAAGCAAACUCCUUUUUUCGCUAACUAUGGUUUCCAUCCGCACGUGCUUCCUAAUCUUCCUAAAGGUAUAGAGGUGCCCGCGGUUCAAGAAAGACUUUCUUUUCUUCUGGACAAUACCCUAAGAAUUCAGCAAACAAUGGCCCAAGCACAGAGCAACUUCAAGGAUUUUGCUGAUCGUAAGAGAAGGAAGGGUUCUGAGUUUCGAGUUGGAGACCUGGUGUGGUUGUCUACCCGGCACAUCAAACUUCCGUGUCCGUCUAAGAAGCUGGGUCAACGAUUUCUGGGCCCCUUUCCCAUUAUUCGACGUGUGAAUGAGGUAACUUUCAAACUUAAAUUACCUGCUACUUACAGAAUUCACCCUGUUUUUCAUGUAGCCUUAUUGAAACCUGUGGUGAAGAACACCUUUUCGGGAAGAGACCACAGUCCUCCAGCUCCAGUAACUAUUGAAGGUGUUGAGGAAUUCGAAGUGGAGGCCAUCUUGGAUUCUAGGUACCGGCGAGGUCGUCUUCAAUAUUUAAUCCAAUGGAAAGGUUUUCCUCCAGAAGAGAAUUCAUGGGAACCCGUGAGUAAUUUACAUGCUCCUCAACUUAUUGAGUUGUUUCAUAGAUCUCAUCCUAACAGACCGGCUCCCACAUGCACCCGGAGGUUGCAUUUUGAGGGGGGGCAAUGUCGGGAUCCAGAAGAUCUGGCUCAAGCUGAGCCGACAUCUCCCCAGGCCUGUGCUUCCACUCCGGCGUUUGUUGCGGUUUCGAGCGCGUGUCCUGAUGCGCGCUCUGCUGUAAGCCUUUGCCUAGCAACCAGCUGCACAGUGAUUUCAGAACUGCAGGAAGUUGCACAGCAGUCUGGGAUAGGCCAGCAGGAGGAAGAAACAGACAAGCCUGGCAAGGGAAAGCCUGGCAGAGAAAGCCACAAGGUGGAGAAAGACAGAGACCUGAGAGUUGCUGUUGGGCCCAGAGAGCUGGAAGGCCCCACCAAAGCGAUCAGAUGUAGAGACAGGGCCUUUUGGAGCAGGAAAAGGACUGAAACAGAAUCAGGACUGGAGCAUGAACAGGUCUGGCUUGAAUCCCAGCAGACCCUUACAUUGGCUCAGAAGGAAUGUCUCUACAAAUGGCAAUUGAGGACUGGAGAAUCCAGCCUUUCAGGCUAA